UUUUAUUUUUAUUUUUUAGAAUUCAGAAAACUUCAGAUACAGUAUUUCAGUCUUCAUUGCCAUCUAUGAAAUUAAUUGAUAAAUUAUAAAAAAAAUUCUGAUGCAAUGGAUAUGAGUAAUGAAGAAAAAAAUUUAAAUGAAUCUAAUUUAUUAGAUAUGUAUUUAGAUGAAUCCCAACAAGAUUCACAAUCUGCUGAAAAAAAUAAGGAUAAUGAAAAAUGUAUGAAUGUUAACAAUAAUGAAGCAUCAUCAUGUGAUGUAAUUACAGAUGAACAAUCCAAUUCUUCAUUGCAAGCACCUCAGUCACAACUACCUCCUAUGGUUAAUGAAGAAAGUCAAAGUUCUGUUGCUACUGCAGUUUCUGAAGAACAAGGAAUUGAUUUAGGAAAUUGUUAUUGUGGCAGGGAACGUAACUUAAACACUGUUGAACUUCAGUGUGCUGGUUGUUUGAAAUGGUUUCAUGACUCUUGUAUAACAUUUCCUCUUGGGUAAGAAUAUACUUAAAAUUCUAUGAAUAUUUUAAUACAUAAUAGUCACCCAUUGUAGUUUAGGCACUAAUAUUCUGUAAAUUUUAAUAAUAUGUUUUUUGGAACAUGAUGAAAUGUUGUUACUGAAAUACCAGGCUAUUUAACAUCUUUUAUUCAUUCUUUUCAUUGGUCAAUACAUUGUUAAUAUGCAUUUCCACCACAACUCUCUUCAUUUAACUGUGAAGUAAUGCUCAGAACAUGGAUCUAUAACUAUAUUUGACAAUAUUCUAUCUCUUUGCAUCGUUUUUAAGAUUUUUCUUUCUCUCUAAAGUGCAACAUAUAUACAGAGAGAAUUUUGUUGGAAUUUUUAGAAUUGUCAAUCCUUUAUGGCGUAUGGUGUGCUUG